GUGGGGGGAGAAGAGAGAACAAGGAGGCACCUUAUACCAUGGCCAAGAGAAGUAUUUAACACAUCCGCUAGUGAGGAGCACUUUAUAAACCUCCUCAGCUCUAGGGGAGUUUGGGUUAAAGAACUGCCCUUCAUUCUCAAGAUACAAUCCUAUAACCCAAUUCAUUGGUAGCAGUAAGGAACCGCCAUGGCUCGGACUGGGCUCACUAUUUUUCUUUUCGUUGCCCUACUCUUCCUGAGUCAGAUCAGUGGACAGUCAUCUAGGUCAAAGAGCAAGAAGGACCGUAGGUCUAAGGAGAAAGAAAAAGAUGGGGACCUGAAGUCACAGAUUGAUAAAUUAUGGCGAGAGGUGAACUCCUUGAAGGAAAUGCAGGCAUUGCAAACAGUCUGCCUACGGGGUACGAAAAUCCAUAAAAAAUGCUACCUGGCAUUUGAGAUAACCAAGCAUUUUCAUGAGGCCAAUGAGGACUGCAUAGCCAAAGGGGGCACCUUAGCCAUCCCAAGAGACGUGGAUGAAAACAACGCACUCCGUGAAUAUGGAAAGAAGAGUCUGCCGGGUGCUGGGGACUUUUGGUUGGGAAUUAAUGAUAUGGUGACUGAAGGAAAAUUUGUGGACGUCAAUGGAAUUGCUAUUAAUUACUUUAAUUGGGAGCGGUCACCCAAUGGCGGCAAGCGCAAAAACUGUGCAAUGCUGACACAGGCUUCACAAGGAAAAUGGGUGGACGAAGUUUGUCGUACCUUAAAGAAAUAUGUCUGUGAAUUUAUUAUACCCUAGAGGACAAUUGUCACCAGUGUUGCCCAUGUAGGUAUAUAUUUUGGCUAAGAACAUAUUUCAUACCUAGGGUUAUUUAAAGGUCCUAUCUGAAAGAAGAUGUUUUUUAACUUCUAGUAAUAAUCUCAUUCAGCAUAUGCUUAAUACAUACAGGUGUAGCACAACCCAGUUUGUUAGAUGUAGCAGUAAUGAUGAUCCCACUUGGCACAGCUUAGGCUAGAUUCACACCACGAUUUGUGCCUCCGAGGUAUAGAUGCAUCAGGAAACUGUUAAAAUAAAUUGUCAAUGUAUCCAUGCAUGGACACGCAAGGGCCCCAUUUAUAUUUAGGGCGUAUUCAGCCUAGUGAUUGAACGGGGCUCUUGCCUUUCCAAGCAUGGAUAGGUUGACAUGUCAUUUAGACAUUGUCUCGACAUAUCAGGGCUUUAGAAGCACGACUCGUGAUGUAAACCUAGCCUUAGUGUUGUCUGGAACUUUCCAUAUGACUACAGGUUGGCCUGUUUCAUUUACUCACGGAUUAAAGGGGUACUCCAGCAUUCUGAACAUUUAGUUCAGAAUGCUCAGAGUCAGAGGCCGUGAUCGUGAUCAUAACGGCCACACCCCUUUGUGAUGUCAUGCCACACCCCCUCCCAUAGACGUUAAUGGAGGGGGUGUGGCGUGAUGUCAUGAGGGGACAUGGUUGUGACAUCAUGACGACUGCUGCAGGAACCCAGCAUUUGUUCAGAAUGCCAGGUGCUGUGGGAGAUCACGGAAGGCUCAGCAGCGGGACCCCCUUUGGAUAGGGGAUAAAAUGACUAGUAGUGGAGUACCCCUUGAAAGCCAAAUUCAGAACUGCUACAGCCAUAGUAUGUUUGUUUUUUAUCGGAUGUUUUAUCUUCAUACACAAAACACUAAUAUACUUCAUACAUAAAACACUCAUAUACUGCCCCCUCUGGCCAGGCGGGCCAGUAUAUAAGAGAAUCCCUUUGUCACUGCCCCCUCAGACAUUAGGUAUAAAACAAUACGAGUUUUGUCCACAGUUUAACUAGAACUUAUUUCAUCACAGAGGCAUAACAAAAAACUAGCCAUGGUUUACACAGGGCCCAUGAAGAACAUGUAGAGUGUCACUUUUAGGAGAUACACAGGAUUAGAAAAACUUAUUCACGUUCUUUUAAAAACAAGUUGUGUGUGGUAUUACAAUCCAGCCCCUAUUAUUUUAAUAUAACUGAGCUGCAAUAAGAGGCACAAACCCUGGACCGACAUGAAUAUGUUUUCAGCUGUGUUUUUCUCACCCUGUACAACCCCCUUAAGACUGGUCCUUGUUCUACAUCUGCUGUUAUGAUGUGGACUUGGUUAGAGAUUUUAUAGACAAUUAUAUUUUCAUAUGCAUUUAGCAAGUACAAACUGUACUCUCUGGGAUUGUAGGGAUUAUUGUUUGAAGUACCAUGUUUAUUAUUUCGUUUUGUGCUAUCACGUUUUGUAUUAUGUAUGCAAGUUAUCCCUGAGAGCUGCAACAUCCUCACGCGUUAUUGUUAUGACCUUAUUUAUAAAAUAUUUGUUUUUGC